GCUGCCAUGGCGGCUGAAGGUCCUGUGCAGGAGCUCUGCGAGGAAGCCUCUUGCUCCAUCUGCCUGGACUUCUUCAGGGACCCGGUGACCAUCGCCCAGUGCGGCCACAACUUCUGCCGAGCCUGCCUGACCCGCAGCUGGGGGGAGGCGGGGGCUGCAGCAGAGCCUUCCUGCCCCCAGUGCAGGGGACCGGCGCAGGAGGGGAACCUCCGCCCCAACCAGCUGCUGGCCAACUUUGUCGAAAUAGCUAAGAAAUUCAGCCCUUUGGAAGGGAAGGGGGCGGAAGCGAAGGGGGGAGAAGGGGAAGGGGGCGUCUGCGAGAAGCACCGGGAGCCCCUGAAGUUUUUCUGCCGGGAGGACGAAGCCCCCCUCUGCGGUAUCUGCAGAAGAUCCCGGGAGCACCGAGAGAAGGAGGUAAGAAAUCUCGGUGCAUCUUCAAUGCGGAAUUCCGUCGUGGCAGCUAGAACGGAAAGAGUUUGCCAGAAGCACCAGGAGCCGCUGAAGCUCUUCUGCAAGGACCAUGAAGCCCCCAUCUGCGUGGUCUGUGAGCAGUCCCGGGAGCACCAAUAUCACGACAUCGUUCCUGCGGAGGAGGCCGCCCAAGAGUACAAGGAUCAGUUCUGCAAUUGUGUGGAGAUUCUGCUGAAGGAGAGAAACAAAAUCCUGGCAUACAAAGCCGAUAUAGUGAAGGAAAGCCAAGACCUGCUCAGGCAAACCAAAGGAGAGCGACAGAAGGUGCUGAUCAAGUUUAGGCAACUACAGAAGUUUCUGGAGGAACAAGAGAAACUUUUCCUGGCCCAGAUGGAAGAGGUGGAGAAGGAGGUGGCAAGGAAGAGGGACCAGCACCUGGCCAGACUCUCUGAGGAACUCUCCUCUCUGGAAAGCCUCAUCCGAGAAAUGGAGACGUGUCAACAGCCAGCCAGCAGUCUCCUGCAGGAUGGAAGGUCAACCUUGAGCCGGUAUGAAGAAAAGGAGCCGUUUGAGAGUCCAGUGGCUUUUCCCCUUGCGCUGAAGUGGCGUAUCUGGGACUUCUCGGAUUUAAAUCCGCUUUUGGAGGCCAUCAAGAAGCAAUUCAAAGACACUCUGGAGUCUGGCCUUCACAUGCAGAAAGCAAAUGUGACUCUGGAUCCAGACACAGCCCAUCUACAACUCAUCCUGUCUGAGGGUCAGAAAAGCGUGAGACAAGGAGAAAAACCUCAAGCUCUGCCCACAAAUCCUGAGAGAUUUGAGAAGUAUGGUGCUGUGAUGGGCCGUGAGGGAUUCACAGGAGGCUGUCAUUUCUGGGAAGUCCUUGUGGGAAGUGAGGAAUCAUGGGCUGUGGGGGUGGCCAGAAAAUCUGUGAGGAGGAAGGGAGACAUCACCUUUAGUCCUGAGGAAGGGUUCUGGGAGGUGGGGAAGUGGGAGGGCAGCUACCAGGUUUCUGGAAAAGUCAGUGAUCUGACCCUGAGUGGAGAGCUGAAGAGGAUCCGAGUGUGCCUGAACUAUGCUGGGGGGCGAGUGGCCUUUUUUGAUGCUGACCGAGCAGCCCUUCUCUACGAGUUCUCUGGAGCCCCCUUCCGUAGAGAGACCCUCCUGCCCUACUUUUGGGUGCGUGAAAAAGGCCACCUCAAAAUCUCUUCAUAGGACUUUUUCUUGACACCAGGACCAUCAAGAAGAAAAUAUUUCUCAAGAGUGCCCCUUUUUUGAGUCCUGUAGAGGCCUCUCUUGUCUCCAGCCACCAAAACAGACUGCAGUAAAGUGGAGACAUUUCUCCCCCUCCUCCAUUUCCCAACAUUCCUUUCUCCUCCUUUGUAUCUUAUUCCUUAAAGCAACAGUAACACCUUUCACAUUGUAAAGGAUAACAGGCUUGUACUACAGGAGAGCUCCAAACAGACCAUCAGGACCCUCUCCAGCCUCCAUUCUCCUCAAGGAUGAGAGGAACCACUGCAGAAGAAGAAGAGGUCCCGCAUGUUUCUAUUAUUAUUCUGGACUUCCUCUUUUCUUUACUGGACACCAUCUGCUAGGAUUUCCAGUGUUCAGCCUACACUUUCUGACAGACACUGAAGGUCUUGUCGCUAUCCAGGUUCCUGCGUUCACAGCAUUUGUUUUUCAGUUGUACCAGAGACUGAGAAGGUGUUAUGCUUUUUAUAAAGUUAUGUUGUGUUGAAA